AUUGGUUGUGAAACGAAGCUGGGGAAACAGGAAGCCCAAAAAAAUCGUAUCAACUCAAGAGUGCACGUAAGCCUCUGCCUGACUGCCAGUGCCUCACCGUUUAUCGUGUUCUCCUAGCUAACGUUACGGUUAGAAACUUGUCUUAUCUGGUCGCCACUAAAAGACCAAAUGGGGUGCUUCUUUUCGAAAAAAUCCAAAAGAAAGUCAUCCGAAAAAGAUGACCGUACACCGACAACAACGACUGUCGAAACGACGACAAGCAACGCGGUUCCCCUUGGCAACAACAGCGACGAGGCACCGAAGCAGUACAGCUGGGAUAAGAGAGAAAAGGUUGAUCCCAAAGACUACAUGCUGUCAGGGCUCAAAGAUGUCACGGUGGGCCGUCUGCCUGGAAAACUGAACGGGCAACAGUUUGUCAUCCAGGAGUGUGAGAACUGCAACAUCUACGUGUUCGACCACUCAGCAACUAUCACUAUCGAUGACUGUGUCAAUUGCCGCAUUGUUCUAGGACCUAUCAAGGGCAGUGUGUUUUUCAGAGACUGUAAAGACAUCAAGUGCGUGGUGGCCUGUCAGCAGUUCCGCACGCGAGACUGUAAAAAGAUGGAGGUGUUCCUGUGUUGUGCCACUCAGCCCAUCAUUGAGUCAUCUACGGGUAUGAAGUUCGGCUGCUUUCAGUACUUCUACCCCGAGCUGGCCUUCCACUUCAAAGAUGCCGGGCUCAGCAUAUUCAACAACAACUGGAGCAACAUCCACGACUUCACGCCGGUGUCAGGAGAGAACAACUGGAGCUUGUUGCCAGAGACUUCAUCGGUUCUGGAUUAUAUACCGAUCCCAGACCCUGAGUCUGAAUUCAAGUCUGUUCGAAUCUCCACUGAACCCCAACGCAGCAUUGUGCCUUUGACAAAGGGAGGGAGGCGUAAGGACAGUGAAGAGUCCUGCCUCUUUGUUUUCUUCUCAGGAGAAUACACCACUGCAAAUGCCCGCAAACUGAUCGAUGAGGCAACUGCUAAAGGUUUUGUGCUGAUCCAGACGAAGGAAGUGUCAAUGCGACCUGAAGAUGUGAAGAGAGUGUUUCAGAACAGUGCAGAGGAUCUCGUGGAGUGGAUCACCAAAGGUCCUGUCAUUGCCCUCGAGCUGAACGGUGACGAGGUGGUAGGAGCCUGCAAGAACAUCGCUAAUGAAGUGUUCAGUGGAACCAAGGUCUUUGUCUCUGAUAACAAAAAUACAUCCUCUCAAGAUGUGGACAGCUUCUUCAACUUUGCUGACAUGCAGAUGGGCUUGUGAUUGAUUAAGUAUCAAAACAAACUGCUCAUCAGACAUGGAAUCUGAUCUUUAAAAACCCCUGCCGUCCACUUGGGGUUGAGUAUGAGUAGCGUUUGAUUAUUGGCCUGUGUUUGCCCUCAGAAAUAGGAUCGCAAUGGAAAAUAUUAAGGACUGAGUUUGAUAAAACAAUUCAGUUUGUCAACCAUGAGUCUGCAGACUAAAAUUUGUCCGCUUAUCUUCUAAACACAUUAGCUGUAAACCAUUAGUGGCAAUAGUACUGUGAAUAUUUAUAUUUAUAUGAAUGUAUUCUGUAAUUCUGUUGCUUUUAAUCGAUUGUAAAUGUAGCUCUUUGCUGUAAAUGUAAGUCGAUAAAAUUUAAAGCUUAGUUUUUCUUGGUGGAAAACCCAUGUGCACACGAAUGCCUGAAGGGAAUCAUUGUAUGUACAUAAAUCAUAUUCUUAUUUCUUACAAGGAUUUAUUUGUGUAUGUGGAUUAGAUAAUGGAUUUGUAUAUUUGAGACAUGGUGUGUAGAUGUUAACUACAUCUUUAAUGAUAUGUUAGGCCAAAGUUAAAUUGUGAAAGUUUGUAUCUUACUGUUCAUGCAGAUGAACUGACCUGUAAACACUUGCUGGGUUUUUGAUGUAGGCAACUCAUGUGAUCAUCAUCUUUAUUUUGUAAUACUUGUUUUAUACUCGACUGAAUGUUUUUGUAUGGACACAAAUUAAUGUUCUAUAUCAUAUCCUUUUUCAGUAAAAGUUUUAUGUGUGACUUCAUUUUGUUAUAAGGCUUUUCACACCUGUACUGUUGGAAAAACUAGUCACUAUGAACAGCAAACCACUUGGUUUUAAGGUUGUCAUUUACAACAAGAUUAUAUGAAGAAUUGGCACUAAGGUUAACGGAAACAUUCUGUUUCCCCUUUUUAACCCGAUCAGCCUGUUCUUAUUUUUGUAAAGAGCUACCAAAGGUCGAGGUUGAGCUAUUUCCCAAUUUUAAACAAGCUGUAAAUGGAAAUAAUCCUUUCUGACUUCAUGUAUUUUGUGUUGAGCUGGUAAAAAAAGUUCUUUAUAAUCACUCAUCAAGGUAAUGACUUAUUCUCCUUGGUGUUGUUAUAGAAGCAGAUGCAUAGUUAUUAGAUUGGUUUCAUUUUUUUGAGUGGAAAAACAAAUUAAUUUCAAGCAUUUUUCUGAAGCAGAGUGAAUCAUGGUUUUUGAAUUGGUGAGUUUAUUGUGCUGUCUUCCUUAGCGAUACACAUUUAGCAGCUUUCAUUUCAGCUAUUUGAUUUUCAACUACUUAAACAACAUUUUCAUCUUCAUCAUUUGGUUUGGUAUUGAUUGUACCAGUUGAUGGCUAUAACAGCUUAACGUCACUCCCCACACUGUUGGGACCUAUCAAUUAUUCAUUAAUCAGCGAUAACAUGCAACACAUUGCAGUUUUAGUUAAAGCUAAAUUUAGCCUGACAUAAAACUGUUUUCUACAGUUGCCUUUAAGGAAAUAUACAUGGGGACUUUUGUGAUGUACUUUUGUAUUUAUAAACAUUUUGUACUUCAGCAUACAGUUUUUGUAGAGCAGUUUGUCUUUAUGAAUGCACAUUUGUCUGUAAUUUGUUGUUUCGACACUUAAAAUGACACCCUGUCUUUAUAAAAUGGCAGAGCCACAUUAAAAGCCGUAGACUAUCUGAAAGAA